AAUCGCGGUGAAAAAGUACUUAUUACUUCCAUGGGUGAAAGUAAAAUCAUAGUGUUCGAAUUUCCGCCAAUAGCACGUUUGAAAACGAAAGCUUCUUUUCCAAACGUCAAAACAUCUGUCAUUUUGACAUUUACCUCAAAAGCUCUAAAGCUCGUCGGCACCUGCGCUGUGAAACGAAAAUAAAUAUGCGAAAAUUCCCUACAUUUUUAUGUAAAACAAACUGAAUGCAGGUAAAAUACCGCAGUGCCAUGCUUCGGUGACCACGGCGCGUCGGACCCAAACAGAAAACACACACACUAAUUCAAUUAUGCUAACAAAACCUUCUGUGAAAUCUUCGAAGUACUAUUUGUAAUGUUUUUUUACAUUCUAUCACUAAAUUUAGACCGUGUAUUAGCUGUGUGAUGUGCCGGGUCGAUUUAUAGGCCAGUUUAGUUGAAGUUGUGAGUAAUUAUGGCUGUGCAAAACAAAGUUUUGUACGCUUUCCGAGGGUGGAUAGCAUUUGUCGCUUUUAUGGAUUUGGGGACGGCCGGCCGGUCGUAUAUCGAGGCUAGAUCGUUUUUGACGCACGCCGACAGCGAUAGCUUAGAUGACUUCACGAUGACCCGCAUGCUCGGCAUGUACUGUACGCUGAAGGCGCUGGCGCUGAUCCACUGCACUCUCUACAUACACUAUAGACCUGUGGUGUCGCUGGGCUACUGGUCGCUGACGCUGAGCAUUGUACUAUACUGCUCCGAGGCGUUCUACUACCGCUCCACCGCGCUCACCUUCUACGUGGUGUUUCCGUGUGUGCUCAAUAUAAUAACCCUACUAGGCCUGAUCUACCUGCCGGGCAAGCUGAAGCUGUGGAGCCAGAUCCCCGGAGUGUCCGGCGCUGACAGGGAGCUGGAGGACGAGAACACACAGAUACUGAGGAGCAUGGGCAACUUCAAGAGGCGACGGGCGCCGCAUGUGAAGAACAAGUUCGUGUGAUGGACACUUACACGGUAAUUUUGAUUUUAAGUACGAUAUGGCAGAUGAGUGUGGAAAACGGAAAUGAUAAGUAAAUAUCUGUGUUAUUAUCAAAAAGUUAAACCUUGUUUAAAGUGUGUUUAAAUCAAAAUUUGAAAAUUUUAUAGAUUUCUAAUUUUGGCUUU